AUGCCCUUGGAUCCGACACAUCGAUUUCACUUUCCAAGUUGCCAACUGUCAUCGUCAAUGGCUGGUUUUCAAGAACCUCUUUACAAGUCUCCCCUGGAAGGGUUUGAAGCUGCGGCAUCUGCAACUAGCGGCGGUGAUGUUGCGAGUCCUACCAGCCAGAGGCUUAGCCAGGUUUACGAAACCUUUACCGCACCGGUCGACACAGGGCCGGACGGUGGCUUUGAUGUACACGUUUACUACUUUCAAGAUAAUGCAGCGCAAAAGAAAUAUGCCCAGGAGCUCUGGGAGCGCAUAAAACGGGAAUUUCCUGAAUUAAAGAUUGGGGAUUUCUGGGACUGGCCGGCCGGGCCUCACUCUGUGGCCACAUUUGAGGUCGACUUAUUGACGUCUAUGCAGUUCGGUGCCUUGUCCCAUGGCUAG